CAACUAAACACAAUGAGUAGUAGCACACUGAUCGAGGUGUUUGGCCACAUCUUGUUCAGUUUCACACGAGGGGUGACAGAGCACUACAACCCACAAGAACCUGAAUACAUGGCAGAAUCGUUUGGCUACAGUCCUCUAGAAAGCACAGGUCGAGAAUGGUAUCGUCACGGAGAUCCUAAUGAGGAGUGUAUUUAUCAAGAAUACAGCGACAGACAAGCCACAAGCUUGGACUAUCGAGCGUGGUCUAACAGCCAUGAAAUGAGAGUUAUGAACGCGUGCGUAAUAGAGGAAAACGACGAAACACAAGAAGAUCACGAAGACGAAAUCGAAGCCAUGGCUUGGAAGCGACUCAGACCAUCCGCUCUCCGAACAGUUUGUAAAUCAAUGUACAUUGGACUUUUAAUUUCUUUACUAACUGCCAUCAUCAUAGGCUCAGUAUUCAUGUUGAUCUGCUAUCUAUCCUUUACAACUGUAAACAACUGCGAAUUUCACCCAAAGAGGUCCAUUCCAGCAAAAGUGCAAUGGGCGAGAUCAAUUUCUGAUAUAAUCUCUACUGCUUUCCUAUAUCCUUCGUUCUUUGUAUGUUCCUUAUUUCUUUUUCGUUAAGGUCAGUUAAUGGGGGUCAAACGAAAACUUAUCCUGGUUGCUUGCCUUGCAUAUUUGUUGGAUACAAUUUAUCGAGUGGUUCUACAAGCCAAGGGAAUAUCUCAUUCCAAGCUUUCUACUGUGCAAAAACUUCCACUCAAUAUUUUGUUUUUUCUGAGUGUAUUUUGUGGGGCCUGUCUUCUAACGAAUCACUUCCGUCCUCUACGGACAUCAUGCAAAGAGAAGUUGGCUUUGUUCUUAAAAAUGACAGUUCCCUUCUGUUCCAUUAUAAUUGUUGCCGUUGCUGUGGUCACUAUCAUUUACCCACUGUAUAACAAACAAAGUAAGGAAAGUAUUCUUCGCCUGGUAAUCGCACUCUUCGCUCCUCUCAUUGGAGUGCUAUUCAAAGUAGUCUCACGAAUUCUUGUUCAGCGGCAAGAGAAUAUUACUCAUCCGGGAUAUUCGUGUGCCCUGUUAGCGCCAUUGUAUUGUGUUUCAGCGAUUAUGUUCCGAGUGUUGCAAGCAGAUCUUGACAGUUUACAAUCCAUGGCUGUUCUUGGAUUGAUUCACGGUGCUACAGAAGUCAUAGAACGAAGCACCAUGGUUGUUGCUGAUCACAUUUGUCACGUGAUUUGGAAAAGAACAUCAGCUCCUUGGGGAAGUUUUCGUACUCCUCGCUGUGAGAGACUAAUGGCUGAUAUCACUAUCAUGAGCAUGUUGUAUGAAUCAACUGCUAUAGUGGCUGUUAACGGAUUAUUGUACGUGUAUCAAUAUAUAUACUUACAAGACGAUUCCCUUUUAGGGCUGUUACGGUCUUUUGCUAUCGCAACUUCAGUUCAACUGGUGAUCGAGUGGUUUUUCACCAGUGUCUCUCUAGCAAUCGAGACUCGCUAUCAGAAUAUAGCUGUGAUGACUGUUUGGCAAAGAAGAUGGAAACGACACAGUUUACUGGCAAUUGCAACUACUAUGUUAUCAGCGCUAUGGGUCAGCGCAAACCUUUUAGACAUGGCACAUGAGCGUUUUGAGGAGCCAUUAAAUCAGCCUUGUAAAAUGCCGUUUGCUUAAAACUUUGAUCUGCCGGUUGGUCGACCCGAACAAUGCCACACCGCUGACUACUAAGAUCCGUGAUUCCGGUUGUAGGCUUCCAAUGUAUUGUGAAUUUUUGCGCCGUUAGUAUUGAGUGACAGCAAAUCAGACACCUAACGGCUCAGUGUAUUGUUACGUUAUCAGCAUGGAAUUUUGGGAUGGAAUCUUUGACUUGUCUCGACUAAGGAAGAACUGGACCUUAAAUGGACCUUUAAGUCUAUAUUUCUGAUGGGGUGUUUCCUAAUAUGAUCCUUAGUUCGGUGUAGUUUAGGCUAAAAUAGCAAUUUUAAAUCAGACAGUGGCCUUAGAAAAGUUUACACUGACUUUGUAAAGGGAUUUGGUUUUGGUUUGACUGAGCUCUGCGAUUGGCUUAAAAAAAUUCAGUUUCGAUAAGCGUCACGCCCUUUCAG